UUUUUUUAAAAACAAAACCAUGAUCACUAAAGUUCACGUGGAUUUGUGUUGUCCCCACCAUUAAAGGAACAACAUGAAUAUUGAUAAACAGGGGACAUGGAGUUUUGUUUCCGUUCCUUCCAGCGAAUGAAAUGGGUGUUUAUUGUUGUUAACACAAUACUCUGGUUCGCAGGUCCCGCUCUGCUGGGAGUUACUAUUUGGCAAUACAUCACCUUGAGGUCCUAUGAUCCUAUUCUAGAAAUCUCUAAGUUCCAGACUGCAGCCAUUACCUACCUAGCUGCUGGAGUACUGUCUACGCUCAAUGGUAUCAUCGGAUGUCUCGGGGGAGUUAACAACAGGAAGAGGGUUGUCUUAGUCUUUUUGAUAGUCCUUGUGGUAAUUGCUGGUGCUGAGGUGUUUGCUACCGUUGAGUUUUUCAAGUUUUAUGAUGAGGUGCCACAAUAUUUAUCUGACAGAAUAAGAAAGUUUGUUCAUGAAUAUUCGUCCGAUCCUUCGACUCGUGUGUCCUUAGACAGUUUACAAAAUGAGAUGAGGUGUUGUGGUGCUAAUAACUACACAGACUGGAGCCAUGGUCAGAUACCUCGCUCCUGUAUUCAGAAGUCAGAUAAUCACAAUGCAGCCACAGCUUCAAUACAUAAAUUAUACGUUAAUGGAUGCCAUGGAAUACUGGAGGUUUGGACUAAAGAAAACUUACUGAUCAUAGGAUGGGGAGGCUUCUCGUUUUCAAUUCUUCAAACGCUUGGUAUAGUGUUUUCCUGUUGUUUUUACUACACGUUAAGCAUGGAAUUUGAGUGAAAGUGGACAUUUUUAGAUUCAGUGCCAAAUUUCAUCAACAGCAAUCCGUGUAAUGACGUUAAAUUGGUAAAACAAUAACUUAUUGAUGUGAAGCUUCAAUACUCUAGGAAUCUCAUAUUUAUACAUACGGUUAAUCCCUACUCUGAUUAAUGUUGUAAGCUUACAGGGUAAAAGGUUAUCUUCCGAAUGAAAUUCUGUUGACAAUGAACUUUUCCUGUGUGUAAAUUAUUAUAGAUAUACAUGUACACUAAUUGGCAAUUCAUGCAUUUUCCCUUCUUUGUCACCUGACGAUUGCUUGAGAGAACGGAAUAAAUGACCUUCUCGUGA